GGUGAAUGACAGAGGCGCGCGAGGGCGGGGCACCGCCGCUGCCGCUAUCCCCCAGCCAUGGGGCUGCGUCUGCUGCUGCUCGCCCUGUUGUGCAGGGUAGGAGUCUGGGCCGCCGAAACGACCAUGUCACCAUCCGUGAUGAACGGGAGCAGUCUGGCUGUGCCUUUGAUGCCACACAAUGCCACCAAACAGGGCCGGCCGGACUCUGAGACAGGACAGAUGCUGAAGCGCUCUUUUUACGUGUUGACUGGCUUCGUCGGACUGGCUGCGCUUUAUUUCCUCAUCCGGGCCUUCAGGUUAAAGAAACCCCAGCGGAAGAAGUAUGGUCUGCUCUCGAAUACAGAUGACCACAUGGAGAUGGCUUCAAUGGAGAGUGACGAAGAGACAGUCUUUGAGACGAGGAACUUGAGAUGGUAGAGUUUCUGCAAUUUUCUUUCUCCCCUGAGGUCCUUGGUUAAUUUUGGGGAUCAGGACGGGGAGGUGGUUAGAAUGAAGCAAAGAUUGAAACCCUCAUUCUGUACUGUGACCCCCUCAGCCUCCGGGAUUUUUCUAUCUGUUUGCCUUCUGUCUAUCUAUCUAAAACCUUAUAUCUUAUUAUCAAUCCCAAGACAGAAGAGCACCAAAGGCUAGGCAGUGGGGUUUGUGACUUGGCCAGGGUCACACAGCUAGGAAGAGUCGGAGGCCAGAUUUGAACCCAGGACCUCUCAUCUCCAGGCCUGCUGCUCUAUCCCCUGUGCUGAUGAGCUAUCCUGACUAUGGGAACUUUAAGUGCUUUAAAGAAUCCUGGACUCUGAGCACUGGCAGGAGCCUCACGCCUCAGGUUUCUGUCACUAGAACUGGCAGGACCUUUGUUGAGGGUUGAGGAGCAGAGCUGUAGAACUGACAGGGGCCUCCAAGGCCACUUGGUGCAGUUCUCUGUUUACAGAUGAGGAGACCGAGGUCUCCCCAGAGAACCUAGGUGACUUGCUAGGUCAGCGCAUCCUUGUCCAGGUAGCCUCCACCUGAAAGGCAGCACAUUUCAGCAGAGUGCUGGUUUUGGACGUGUUUGUGCUCCUUACUCCCCGGAGGAGUCUCGGAGAAGUCCGGGGACAUCUCUGGGCCCUCCUCCCUCUUCCUACUAGUAGAUGCUUAGAGACCUGCCUGCCCCUCUCCUCCCAGCAGCUCCAGGCUGGUGUUCCCUCACCCGCUUCCUUGGAGCCUGCCGCUCUUAUCUGUGAUUGUGGCUCCCGGCACGAUUAGGGCUGGGCUUAGAGCCCUCUUCUUGUCCUCCCUCCUUAUUGCACAGGUGAGGAGAGGGCAGGGCUGGGCCUGAAUCUUUCCCCUCUAGGCUUCCCCGAGCCCACCAGGCUAGAGGUGCUGCCAGGCCGCGGAGCUGGGCCGCGCUGCAGACAGGGCAGGGGGCAGGCCCCAGGCCGGGAGGGCUGGGGGUGCGGAGCUAGGGAACGCAGCUUCUUGCGCUUACUCAUUGUGUGGCUGCGGCCUCUGAGCCCUACGAGCGUGGGAGCACGCGUGGCAGGGAGGUCCCCAGGCUGGGGCAGUGCGGGCCUUCAGCAGGAAGCCUGUGGUGGGGCUCCUGCCGAGGAGCAGGGCAGAGCCAGCCCAGGGAUCCAGGAUGAGGGAGUCCCAGGAGGAGCCAGCAAGGAGGGGAACACGUGCAGCAUCCAUUCCCUCACUUCCAGACUCACCCAUUCCGAAACCAUCCUCCAGGGGAACGAGGCUAUUAUAAAAAUUGCCCAGAAAAUAAAAGGUCUAUUGGAGAGCACUGCCCAAGGGCUCCCGGCCCACUCCUUUAGGCCUCCAGGCAAUGCCCGUCCCUGGGGUUAGAUUGUGAGCCCUGGAGGGCAGCUGUGGCCUUUUUGUGUCCCCAGCACAUGAGGGCACUUAAUAAAUGGUUUACUGAUUGAUUGUUGAUCAAUUCUGUCUUCCAGAUGAAGAGCUGAAGUCCACAGUGGUAGCUGCCCAGAGUAAUCCAGAAAGGGGGAAGAGGGACCCCAGGCACAGAAUGUCAAGAAAAUCCAGGGUUUAUUUUUUUAAUGGUUCUAUACAAUACAGUGUUUCUAAGGGGGGGAGGGAAAGUUGGGAAAUUUUUUGCACUUGGGGAUAUGUUGGGAAAUUCGGGAAAGGAGGAGUAGGGCUCGGGGUGAUGUUCAGGAUCCUAACUUUCUAGCUUUAAGUUUGCCCACGGGGUGAAGCCUCGCUGUCUUUACCUCCCCAGCUCCCAGGUUCCAAGAGCUUGCCCAGAUCCCCUGUCUGUCCCCCUCGAAUGCUCCUCCGCUUCUUUUGCUAACACCCACAACUCAGAGGAGGGCAGAGAUCCCGCUGAGAGGCCUGGGUCCUCCCUUGUAUCUUGGAACACGGACAAGAGGCCGAGCAGGUUUGCUUCUCCCUGGGUACGAGCCGCUUGGAGGGGAUGGAGAGAGGAAUGGGCUUUGGCACGCAGAAGGCGGCCUGGGCCCGGCGCCCCUCCACUCUCCGGGGGCGCCCUGGGCUGCAAUGCCAAACCCAGAAGGGCUGACUGGCCAGCUCGGGGAUCUCCUGGGAAAGCUGGUGGCCUGGGGCCAUGUUCUAGAUUCUCCUGUGAAGACCCAGAGCCCGAGGAAAGGAUCAAAGCACCAAGGCCUGGGAUGCAGUGUGUGUGCGUGCACGCGGCUGGUUUUCCCACUCGAGUCCUUGCUAUGUGGGGGGAGAAGAGAGCCUCUCUGAGCCCCGCCGGCCCGGGCCUCGCGGGCCGGCUCUCCUCUGGGACCUGAAGACUCUUCUUCUUGCACUGCCCACACGCGUCCCUUCCGGAAGGACGUCCUCUCUCGAAUCUGUUCUGCUGGAUGGGGACUCCGGGCCACCUUCCUUCUGGGACCAUCUCGCUCCCUCCCAGGCACGGGGGGAGCUUUUUACUUUGUUUCUGUAUAUUUGGGCAUUUUGGUUUCCAAGAGACUAUGUUUCCUGUUGGGGGACUGGCCCCCCACACUAUCUGCUUGUCAGGGGUGCUCAGUAAAAACUGCUGAUUGUAAAUAAAGUCACUGCGGCCGAGUGCAGUGGCCUCCCUCCGGCACCUGGGGGCUUGCACUGCAUUCCCUCGCCCAGGCCACAGUCACCCUUCACAAACCCUCCCCUGCCCUGGACUUGAGGAGGAAAUAACACCCAACAUUAUUAUUCCGAUGCUUA